CCGGGACACCUGCAGCGAAACAUUCUAUCGCUCUGGUUCUCGCCCCUUGGAGAGACCUCGCCCCCCCUCACCCCGCCCCCAUUGCCCACUUUCCUGGAUGUGCUGGCCCCUCCGACCCCUCUAAAAUGUCCAAUAACCUACGGAGGGUCUUCCUGAAACCCGCAGAGGAAAAGUCAGGCAACGCCUCGAAGUGUGUUUCAGGCUGCAUGUACCAAGUAGUUCAGACGAUUGGCUCGGAUGGAAAAAAUCUUCUGCAAUUACUUCCAAUUCCUAAUUCUUCUGGAAAUCUUAUACCGCUAGUUCAAUCUUCAGUCAUGUCUGAUGCUUUGAAAGGGAAUACAGGAAGCCCAGUUCAAGUUACUUUUCAGACUCAGAUUUCCAGCUCUUCCACAAGUGCAUCAGUUCAAUUGCCCAUUUUUCAGCCAGCCAGUUCUUCAAACUAUUUUCUUACAAGAACAGUAGAUACAGCAGAAAAAGUUAGAGUUACUUCUGUGGGAACUGAAAAUUUUACCUCAUCAGUUUCUAAAGUUCAGAGUCAUGGUGUGAAAAUUGAUGGACUCACCAUGCAAACAUUUGCUGUUUCUCCCUCCUCAACACAAAACGAUUCACCUUAUAUUUUAGUAAAUACUCAGAGUCUUCCAAUGACUGUGAAGUCUCCAGUUUUGCCUUCUGGGCAUCAUUUACAGAUUCCAGCCCAUGCUGAAGUGAAAUCUGUACCAGCGUCUUCAUUGCCUCCUUCAGUUCAGCAAAAGAUACUUGCAACUGCAACCACAAGUACCUCAGGAACAGUUGAGGCCUCCCAAAUACCAACCGUUAUUUACGUAUCUCCUGUAAACACAGUGAAAAAUGUAGUUACCAAGAACUUUCAAAACAUUUAUCCAAAACCUGUUACAGAAAUAGCAAAGCCAGUGAUACUAAAUACCACACAAAUGCCAGUGAAUGUUGCUAAAGAGACACAAUUAAAAGGUGGUCAGCAUUCUCAAGCUGCUCCUGUGAAAUGGAUUUUUCAAGAAAAUCUACAGCCUUGCAGUCCAUCUCUUGUUCCUGUUAAGUCUUCAAAUAAUGUGGCUUCCAAGAUUUUAAAAACUUUUGUAGAUAGGAAAAGUUUGGGAGAUAAUACUAUAAAUAUGCCAGCAUUGAGCACUGUCAGUCCUAGUGGGACACAGUCCAAAAGUAUGCCUAUUAAAGAUAAUGCUUUGGUUAUGUUUAAUGGGAAAGUCUAUCUAUUGGCUAAAAAGGGGACAGAUGUUUUGCCAUCACAAAUUGACCAACAGAAUUCUGUUUCUCCUGAUAUUCCACCAAGAAAAGAUACAUCACAGAUAGUGAGUUCAAGCCCAGUCACAGAAAUAUCCAGAGAGGUUGUAAAUAUUGUUUUGGCUAAAAGUAAAUCUUACCAGAUGGAAACAAAAUCACUUUCAAAUACUCAGCCUGCUUCCAUGAUCAAUCUAAGGGCAGAGAAGAAUAAAAAAGUGGAGAAACCAUCUCUUUCUACCCCAAACCCACAUAAUAUGAAUCAACCCAUUAACUACUUAAAACAGAGUAAGAUUUUAUUCACAAAGCCAGACUUUCCAGAUGGAUUUAGUACAGUACAGAAUGCCCCCAGAAAAGGAAAUAUCAUCCAGAGCAUAGAGAAAAUAAGUUCCUCUGUUGAUGCAACAACUAUCACUUCACAACAGUGUGUUUUCAGAGACCAAGAACCAAAGAUCCAGAAUGAGAUGGCAUCAACAUUAGAAAAAGUUCCUCAAGAGAGGAAUGACAAGAACCAUUCCCAAGGAGGAAGCAAUAAGGUAUCACAUCUGAAGAAUGAUGCUGAAUUUAAAAAGAUAUUUGGUCUCACUAAAGAUUUGAGAGUGUGCCUUACUCGGAUUCCUGAUCACUUGGGCUCUGGAGAAGGUUUUGAUUCCUUCAGCCGCUUGGUGAAGACCAAUACUUAUAAAGAGACGGAGUUUAUAGAGAAGGAGGAAAAGAAAAGACAGGGUUUUGAUAAGAAAAGAAAAGCAAAAACCGUUAAAAAGAUGGAUCACACAAAGAAGAGAAAAACCGAGAGUACUUAUAACACAGCUCUAAAUGGUGGAACUAAUGUCACCAAUUCCCAACUUGUCAGCAGUAUUUUACCAACUUCAGAUGUAUCACACCAUAACAUUCUUACAAGCCGCAACAAAACCAGAGAAGAAAAGAAAACUGAGGUUGAACACUGUACCCCUGAGAACCAGGAAAAAGGCACAUUGAGUUUGAAUGUAGCUUUUGAGCAAAGUCAUUCCUUUAAUAAAAGUUAUACUGAAGACAUUUUCCCCAUGACACCACCAGAGUUAGAGGAAACCAUUCGAGAUGAAAAAAUAAGAAGACUUAAGCAAGUGCUGAGAGAGAAAGAAGCAGCUCUUGAAGAAAUGCGUAAGAAGAUGAACCAGAAAUAAUGAAAUGUUGCUCUUCUUAAAGACUGCAGUGAAAUAGCUGUGUUUUUUUCAUAUACUUUUGCAUUAAGUUAAUUAUAGAUGCAUUAAGGUGUUCUUUGCAUAUGAAACUUGUUUUUUCAUCAGUUGAUUGUUAAAUUUUAUUUAAGGACUACAAAAAAGGUUGAUUCACAUAUGAUUCUUGUGAAUAAUCUACAUGGGGUAUCUGAGUCUUUGUCUAGAUACCUUUUUUUGGAAGGAAAAAUUUUCUAUUUUUCUAUUAUUUUAAUUAGAAAUCCCCGAGUUUGAAUAUUUGUGCAGAGUUUUUGUUAUUGUAUGUUUGCAUCUUUAGUUGAACCACUCAGGUGUUUUUCCAACAGCAGACAAUUAUUAUAUACUAUUGAAAUUAUAUAAUCCAGGAGAGGAAAUUGGCUCUAAAUUUAGCUUUGCCAAUGGGCUUAUGUAUGUACUCAGUCUCUAUCCAUAAAAUGAUGUAAUUGUUGUAAUUUUUUUUUUCUAUUUCAUGGAAGAAAAUGUAUAAUAGCAGUAUUAUUUAAAUAUCCAAACAUUUCUCAAGAGUUGAGGGAUACUUGUUUUGUGGCUUUUACAAAGUAGUUUUAUAUAAACCAAAAUGGGUUUUAGAAUUCAGGCUAUAUAAUGUUUGCUUAAAGUGAUGCAUUAUUAUUCCUAGGCAAAUGCUUUUUCUUCCUUUUUUUGUUUCUUUUUUUUUUUUAAUAUGUACAUAUUGAGAAGUAAAUCUGAACAAUGGCCACAUAUAAUACUUUUUAAAAUUGUAAAAUGUAGUUAUUCUUAAUGGAGGCAAACAUUUUUCCGUCUGGUUAUGUUUGAUUCGGAGAGGUUGGGAUUUGUGUUGUGGAUAGGGAUUAAUGGGAAGGAGGAAAAGUUUACCAAAAAAAGAUGAAUAAAUCCCUGGAAGUAACGUCGCAUACAACCUAUAUGUACUGAAGGGAGUAGAACAAGUGCCCACUGAUCAACUAAAUUCUGCCUUUUAGAUUUUUUGUAACAGUUUUAUUGAGAUAAUUCAUUUACCAUAGAUUCACCUUUUAAAAGUGUACCGUUCGGUGGUUUUUAUUGUUUUCACAGAAUUGUGCAACCAUCAACAUGACCUAAUUUUAGGACAUUUUCAUCACUCCCUCCAAAAAACCUCAUACCUAAUAGUGGUUACCCCCCAAAUCCUCCUACCUCCAAUCCUAGACAACCACUAACACACUUUAUGGAUUUGCGUAUUGUGGAAAGUCAUAAGCAUAGUAUGAGUCAUUCAAUAUGUUUUCUUAUGGGAUUGGUUUCUUUCACUUAAAGUUUUCAAGGUUCAUCUGUGCUGUAGCAUGUAUUAGUAUUUAAUUCUUGUUUAAAUUGCUGAAUAAUAAUCUAUUAUAUGAAUAUACCACACUUUGUUUUCCAUUCAUCUGUUUCUGGACAUUUGGGUUGGUUACACUUUUGGCUACUAAGAUGUUAUGUUGCUAUGAAUGUUAGGGUGUAAGUUUUUAUGUGAAUGUAUAUUUCCAGUUCUCUUGAUUGCAUACUUAGGAGUGUAAUUGCUGGGUCAUAUCCUAACUCUGUUUAACAUUUUUGGGAACUGCCAAACCAUAUCAGUCGGGUUUUUCUUACCCUCCUCAACCAAAGUGGAUUCUUCAAGGACACCAGUGACUUCUAUGUUGCAAGAUCUAGUGGUCAGUCAGCAGUUGUCUUAAUUUAUCUAUCAUGGGAAUAUAAUUUCAUGAAUCAUUACCUACUUUGAAAAUUCUUAAACCAUUUUAUUAAAGAAGCAGUACAUGUGCAUUGUAGACAAUUUAAAAAUACAGCAAGCUAAAAUAUUAAAAGUUGAAAUUUCAUGUUCUCCUCAUGCUAAAAUUUUAAUGUUGGGGCUUGGAGAUAAUGUGAUGGCCUCGUUGUUAAGUUUAUUCCUAGGUAUCUUAUUUGUAAAUGGGAUUGAUUCCUUAAUUCCUCUUCCUGUUGCUUCAUUAUUAGCACAUAGAAAUGCAUAUUUCUGUACAUUAAUUUUGUAUCCUGUGACUUUACUGAAUUCAUGUAUCAGCUCUAGCAGUUUUUUGGUGGACUCUUUGGCUUUUCUAUAUAGAGUAUCUUGACAUCUACAAAUAGUGAAAAUUUUACUUCUUCCUUGCCAAUUUGGAUUCCUUUUAUUUUUUUGUUGUCUGGUUGUUAUGGCUAGGACAUCCAGUACUAUGUUAAAUAAGUGGUGAGAGAGGACAUCCCUGUCUUGUGCCUGACCAUAGAGGAAAAAGCUCUCGGUUGUUCCCAUUGAGGAUGGUAUUAGCUGUGGGUUAUUCAUAUAUGACCUUACUAUGUUCCUUCAAAACCCAAUUUGUUGAGGCUUUUAUUGUGAAUGGACAUUGUACUUUUUGUGAAAUGCUUUUUCUACAUCUAUUAAAAAGAUCAUAUGGUUCUUAUCCUUUCUUUUAUUAAAGUGGUAUAUCAUGAUUGAUUUACAAAUAUUGAACCACCCUUGCAAACUAGGAAUAAAUCCCAAUUGAUGGAUUUUUUUAAUGUACCGUUAGAUUUGGUUUGCUAGUGUUUUAUUGAGAAUUUUUGUAUCCAUGUUCAUUGGGGGUAUUGGCCUGUACUUCUUUUAUUUAGUGGAGUCUUUCUCUGGUCUUGGUUUCAGGGUAAUGGCUCAUAGAAUAAAUUUAGAAGUUUUCCUUUUCUAUUUUUUGGAAUAGUUUGAAAAGAAUAGGUAUUAUUAGCUCUUCUUUAGAUGUUUGGUAGAAUUUACCUUUGAAGCCAUCUUGCCCUGGACAUUUGUUGUGAGAUUUUUUAUUACUGAUUCAAUUUCUUUUCUGGUUAUCCGUCUAUUCAAGUUUUCAAUUUCUUCCUGUUUCAGUUUUGGUAGUUUAUGUUUCUAGGGAUUUAUCCAUUUCUUCCAGGUUGUCCAGUUUGUUGGCAUAUAGUUUAUCAUGAUAUUCUCUUAUAAUUGUUUAUAUUUCUGUGCUGUUGGUUGCUAUUUCUCAUCUGUCUUUUGUGAUUUCAUUUAUUUGGGUCCUUUCUCUUUUUGAUAAGUUUGGCUAGAGGUUUGUCAAUUUUAUUAUUUUUUUCAAAGAACCAGCUCCUGGGUUCAUUGAUCUGUUUCUAUAUCAUUUAUUUUUGCUCCCAUUUUUAUUGUUUCCUUCUCUCUGCUGGCUUUAGGCUUUGUUUGUUGUUCUUUUUCUAACUUCUUAACAUUGGAGAUCCAUAACUAAAGGCUAUUAGUAAAUAGAUAUUUGAAGUCAUAGGUCUGAACAACAUCACUUAGGGAGAUGCUAUAAACGGUAAAAUGGUAGGCUCAUAUCUGAGUAAAUUUAAAGGUUGGAAAAAGGAUGAUCAAAUUUUGAGGAUUGGAAGAGGUGAAUAUUAAAUGAAUUGUAUUUAUAAGUCCUUGAAGUGUCCUGACACAUAGUAAACAGUGUUUGUUAAAUAAAAUAAAUUCAACUACAAUCACCCUGA